GCGCGUGUCUCUGGUACGAGCGUGUCUGUAUUUUUCUGUCUCUCUUUCUCAACCCCCCCCCCCACGCUCAGUUCCCUUUUUCGUCCGCUCCCUCCUUUGCCUCUGGAAACCAGCCAGGGGCCUUUGCUUGCAUUGCGUAUUGGUUCGGGGAGGCGUCUUUCUUCCCGCUCGGCCGGUGGCUUAAAAAGGUGAUUGGAGAAUUUCUUUAGCUUCGCGGGGGCGGGAGUCGCCGAGGGCACGGUUGUGCGGUCUGCACGAACGCGGGAAGCUUGAGCUGCCGAUGCAAUAAAGGGAAGGGAGAGGAGAACCUAACUCCGGCUCAGGCAUGAUCCGAAUCUACCUCUUGGAGGGAAAGGCAUUUGUGUGGAACUAUGCAGAUGCGAGGCGAAUCCGAGAGGAACAUCGCAUUGUCGGCGUGCUGGUGGGGGCAUUGCCUCGGAAGCCGAGGCAGAAUGUGCGGCUUGGGCUGCCUUUGGAGCUGCUUCCUGAAGAGGUUCGGCUGUUAUUGGACAAGGGGUUGGCAACCCUGGUUAGGAGCCCAACAUCUCAGUCCCUUGGCCAUGGGAAGAACCAGGAUGCCUUAGCCCCAGAGAAAGUGGUUGCCUACGAGCAAGAGCUAGAGGAGAGCUACCAGGAGCAGCUGAGGCUCUCUGCAGAACAGAAGAAAACCACGUUGGAGUCUCUUGCAGACCAUAUAACCCAGGGCCGAGCAAAGAAAUGGCAACGGAAAGGAGAAGGAGGAGAGCCCCUCAAAAGGCCUGCCGAGUCUGGUUCCUGUUUUGUGCUUCCCCGAGAAUCAAUGAUGAUCCAACUCCCCACUGAACGGACUCAGAUAGCUCAAGAAGAAACAGUAGACUGGCAUGUAGCAUCCCAGCUCUGGCCUUAUGCAGGUCAAGAACAUCAUGAGAUGCACUAUAGCAUUUUCCGGGACCUCUGGGAAAGAGGUUAUUAUGUCACAACUGGGAGCAAAUUUGGAGGUGACUUCCUCGUUUAUCCAGGUGAUCCCAUGCGGUUCCACGCCCAUUACAUCGCGCUCUGUUUUUCCAAGGAUGCACCCAUCUCUCUGUGUGACAUCAUCAGUGCUGGACGCCUUGGCACCAACGUCAAGAAGACAGUCUUGCUCUGUUCAGUGGAGCAGGAAGGGACUGUAGCAUAUACAUCCCUACAGUGGAGUGGGAUGCAGUGAAAACAGAGUGGCUCAGAUCCUAGGAUUGCCAUUUGGAAGUGUUAGCAUAUGCUUGCCUAUUUGUCUUCCAGAGCAGGGGUCCCCAACCCCACCCCCUGGACCGCGUCUCACUACUGGGUUGAGAUUUUCAGAACCCGGCCGCAGAAGCGAUGUGUGUGCAGAGCCACUUAGGCGAGUGAGUUCGUGCAUGCUCCAUUUGCGUGAGCAUGGUGGGUGCACAUGCCCACCAUUCAUGCAAAUGGAACUAUCCACGCAUGCGCCGGCUGCUCAUGUGGAACCAUCCCCUCUCCCCACCCACUGGUUCUGCAAAGCCAGAAAAAUUUGGGAGCUCUGUUCCAGAGUUCUCAGAUAUCUUGCGUAAAAGUACCGGGAAUGCUGGGAGUUGUAGUCUGGAUUGAGGAAGUUUGUUACGUUGACAUUAGUCUGAAUUAUGAUGGCAAUUGGGAUUGGAAUUUUGGUUGCUAAGCAAUACUGUUGAAAAGUGUAAUCUCAUGAUUGCAGUCAUAAUCUAUCAGUCCAGUGGUAAAUUGGUAAAGUGGCAAAUGCCGAUUGACUGUAGGAUGCUGCAGCCAUCAGUUUUGCAAGGCGUUUACCAAGUGUGUAAUCUUGGUCACAUGACCUCAGUCACUGCAACAGCCUCAACCUGGGCCAAUUGUAGGUGUCCCUUGUUUGCCACCAUUGUAACUCUGAUCACUGAAUAAGUGCUCUUAACUUAAGGACCUAUAAUUACAAUUCAUACAUAGCAAUUAUAAAAGUGUUCUUAGCCAUAUGCUUAAUAUGUUGCAUGUAUGCAUGGUUAUUAAAGAAUGGGAUGUUCUAAAAAAGUUGCUGAAGUAAGUUCCUAACAGAUAAAAGAUUGCUGUCAGUUAAUAUCAGAAAAGUCUCAGGUUGAACAUGUUUCCUCUAUAUAAGGAAUGCAGAUUUUUUUCAACAGGGGUAGGUAGCUUCGUGUCCUCCUAGUAGCUUGGAUUACACCUCCUGCAAUCUCUUGACCCAUGCCACUUGGUAUUGAACUCCCCAAAAGCUGUACAUCUGUACUGGGGGCGGGGGAAGCAGUUAUUACUAGUUGACCACCUAUGGUUUUAUUUGACCCCUUUCAUGACCUCUGCUGGUUGGGGACGAGGAGAGCUAUUGCUCAACACAUUCCCAGGGCAGUAGCUGGAAAGGCUGGUAUCUUGAUAAAUCAUAUUUUCAGCGCCAGAUAUUGGUUUCUUGGAGAGGUUUUUCCGUGGACUAGAGGGGGCGUGGUUUCAUGUGCUGUCUACAUUUCAUGAUGGGGCUUCGCCUGUUUACGCAGCCUGGUUUCUGGCCUGCUGUGGACUGGUGCUGGCCCAUAGACUGUGGGUUGGGGACUCCUGGGUUAGAUAGCACUGCUGCAGCAACAUAAAAGACCUUUGGUCUUUUUUUCAGGUGUAUCUUUGUAUUUCAAACAGAGAAACAUGAGAAAAAAUAUCAUGCUGCAAGUAGCACAAGCUGGAAUCUAAUGACUAAAUGAAGGAUGGGGAAAUAACACAAAAGCCAGUGUUUACACUCUAUACCAGUGUUUCUCAAAUGGGAAUACUGGGAGCUGAAGUUGCCCAGGUUGAAAAACGUUGCUCUAUGCCUGUGAUGGCGAACCUAUGGCACGCAUACUGAAAGUGGCACACAAAGCCACCUCUGCCGGCAUGCGAGCUG